AUGAACACCAAGCUAGCAGAUGUGCGUAGUUUGGCAUUCGACUUGAUGUCGAUAUGGAGCCGAGGCCGGAGGUCAGAGCGGGAGAGACCCCUGAAAUGCAGAGGACCUGCUCGCUGGCAUGAAAACUACCCGUUUGCCAAAGGAGACAAGCAGUCGCCCAUUGAAAUCAAUAGCAAGGAAGUGCGGCAUGACUCGUCUCUUCCACCCUGGCAUGCUAGUUAUGAUCCUGGUGCAGCUAAAACUAUCCUGAACAACGGACGGACCUGCAGAGUUGUCUUUGAUGACAGUUUUGAUAGAUCAGUGCUGAGAGGUGGGCCACUCUCAGGAGCCUACAGGCUGCGUCAGCUUCACUUGCACUGGGGUUCCUCUGAUGACCAUGGCUCAGAACAUGUUAUAGAUGGGGUGAAAUAUGCAGCAGAGUUACAUAUGGUGCACUGGAACCCAAAACAUGGUAACUUUGUAGGAGCUUUGAAACAACCUGAUGGUGUGGCUGUUGUGGGCAUUUUUCUGAAAGUUGGAAGCACUCCCAAACCAGAGAUGAAGAGAAUUCUUGAAGAAAUUGAUAACAUUAAGACCAAGGGGAAAGAGGCUCCUUUUCAGCACUUUGAUCCAUCAAUUCUUUUUCCCAAAUCUCGAGACUACUGGACCUACCAUGGCUCAUUCACUACACCCCCUUGUGAGGAGUGCAUCACUUGGAUUCUCUUGAGGGAGCCCAUUGAAGUCAGCCCAGACCAGGUACUUCCAAAAACUCGCAAGAGCAAGGACUAG